ACAUAAUAUAUCCCAUAAUACUCACCGUUCCAUAAUAUGGAAGUGCAAUAAAUUGGAAAUACUAUUUUAGGAGUUUUUAAAUACUUUUGCAUUAUGGGUAUAUGUAAUGGGGAAUUUCUGGAGAAUAUAUUAUUAGGGAAUAGUGGAUAUCCAUUCCUCAACUACAACUACCGAAUGACACCAUUCCAGAAUUUUCAGACAGAAGUUGUGUUUUUAUAAUCCAUCACAAAUCCCUUCAAGAACUGUUAUUGAAAGAACAUUUGGUAUUGUGAAGAGAUUUCCCAUUUUAUAACGGUUUAAUUUUCCGCGUGUAAAAUCUAACUCAUUUCGUCAAAUAGCUUGUUUAUGCCGGUGCUGUACCUACAUGUGUGUUCGAAUGCCAUAUUCCCCAUAACCAUCUGUUUUCACACUCAACGUGGCUAUCUAGGAAUGGACAAAAUCAUUAACACUUAAUCUCCUGAAACAGUCAUAACUCAUUUAGAAUUAGAGUUCUGAGACACUGCUACGAUGCUAAUAAGGGCCUUUUUUGUGUGUUUUUGACGACCGUUAACAAUCUCGCGUCAUACAAGCCAUCAGCCCUAUUUAAGCAAAAAAUCCGUGAAUUCUUGUCAUUGUGUGUAUAGUUUUUGAGCUGUUAGUGGCUCAUUAGUUUUUUGGUUUCGUCCGAAGUCAGGACGCUUCGACGCUUCAGUUAAAGUUCUUUGUGUUCGUGCUAAAAUCUCACGUAAUAUUACACGUGAGUCCGAGGGAUAUAUUCCAAUCUUGACCAUUUUUCGACAACAGCAACCCCCAGCAGGCUGGAUACCGGCUGUUCAUUGUUCAUCUUUAAAGUCGCCGCAAGACGACUAGCCAUCCACCCUUCAAACAUAAGGUCAGUCAGUAAUUUAUUUUGUGUCGCGUGCCAUCUAAAUAAACAGAUGAGGCACUUUGAGUUGUUUGAUCUGAAAUCGUGCCAAUGACCUAUUGAGUGUUAGGAGAUUCCUUUACGUGAUUAAAGAACUUUCUUUAUUUUUGCAAAUAUAGUUCCAUUGUGAACUAUUAACGGACAAUUUUUUUAUUUAAAACAUUUUUUUGUGUAUUUUUUGUAAAUAUAUAAAUAAUAGGUUAUUGUAGAGUAAAACGAAACAUGAAAAGCUUUUUAUUGGUUUCACAGUGGACAAUGGUCUAAUUAACUUCAUUCAUAAAAUUUAGCUUAUUUAGACAUUAUCUUUCAUUUUUUUAAAGUUUCUUAAAUAUUGCGUUUGAUCAGUUAGUACAAUUAGAGACCACGGUCCCAUUAAUAGGAUAGUAUACAUAAUGCAUGAUAUUCUGUAAACACCGUCAAGAGUAGGGACAUGUAAUAUAUUAUAAUAUAUAUUAAAACUAUUUAGUAUCGUAAAUAAAGUUUUUUUUUGAGAUUUACUAUUUUUUAUGAAGUCCAGUAUAAGUUCCUUAUUUUUAUGUGUAUAUUUUUUGUGUAUUUUUUUUACAGGUAUGUUAUUUUUAUAUUUAUGUAUUUCCUUUAUAAAUUUAGUGGUAAAAAUUUAAACGGCGCCCAACUUCUAGUCUUAUGUAUUCCGUAUCGUUUGUCUUGUCUUAGCCUCAUCUCAAUCUCCCAGCUACCCUAUUUUAAGAUCUGAAUUCGAACCCCCCCAUUUUUACGCUCCCGACUCUGAGCAACGAGGUCCUUGGAUAAUCCUGGUGUUCGGUCCAGCACGUCAUCACAUGAAGUGAUUUCUUUGUCCGUUACACUUAUGGCGCACCAACGCUCUGGGCUUUUCCUUAACCAUCUUUUCUAAUUUCCUUUUGUCAGAGAGUUGAGGCUUGUUUCAUAAUACCUAAUUUUCUCCCGCAUUUACUCGAUCAAGGUAUCGUCAAAUCCAGUCACGCAAAAUGGAUAAAUCCAUUGUAGCGUACCUAAAGAAGGAAGAAGUAGAGUACGAACUUAAAAUUCGUGGUACAAAAUCACGAAGACAAUGCAGUGACAAAAAGAGCAUGUUAAAAAAGCUCAUACAAAAAGGAUCACCAAUUGAUUUGGAAAAUAAUCCGCUAAAUUUUGCAGAAGAAAAAACAGAAAUAGAGAGAACUAUAGCUGAUAUUACCCAGAUAGUCGAGCAAUUUGAAGGAAAUGUAAAUGACUCGACAUACAGAAGAGCUAAAGCCCUUAGUACACAUGUGUCACUAAGAAUUGGCCGAAUGCCAAUAGACAUCACAAUAGAAGAUCAAGUAGAAUUUAAGGACGAAAUAUCAGCCACCUGUCUUCUACUGGAAAGCCAGUUAGACGAAAAAAUUAUUCCCAACGAUAAUAACGAAGUCAGGAGUGUAGACACUACUUCUGCCUCUGUUUCUAGUUUUGCCCCUCCUAUAGUUCAGGUAACAACUCCAAUCAACCUCUCCGAUUGGAAUAUUAAAUUCUCCGGUGAUCCUAAAUCCGUGUUUACAUUCCUUGAAAAGGUUCAGGAUAUUGCGGAGUCUCGCAAAGUCGACGAUGACGUUCUGUUUAGGUCUGCUAUAGAAUUAUUUUCUGGUAGUGCAGUUACUUGGUUUCGCAGUGUCCGAGAUUCUCUUUCCAGUUGGUCUCAAUUAAUAAAUUUAAUUAAAGCUACCUUCCUGCCACAUGAUUACGAAGAAGAGCUUUGGCAGCAAAUUAAGAAUAGAAAGCAAAAGAGAAGUGAGUCGUUCAUUUUCUAUCAGGCUCAGAUCUUAACGCUUGCCAAACGUCUUCCUUUCCGCCCAUUAGAGCAGACACUUGUAAAAUACAUGCGUCAAAACAUACUGCCCGAGUAUGUCCCGAUGAUAGCGCUGCAGGAUACUAACACUCUAGGAGAGUUAGCGCUUAUCAUAAAAAAGCUCGAGAAUAAUGUCCCAUCAAUAUCUACAAGGAAAGAUAAUCCACAUAUUUCCGUUGUCAGCGAGAAAAAUGUGACUCCUAAAAGAAAAUCUCCCCAAAAUAAGCCCAAUAUUCCACCUCCCCAGGUAAACCAAUCUAGAGUGCUUACCUGUUGGAAUUGCCACGAGGAAGGCCAUCGGCAUAGCUUGUGCAAUAAAGACCGCCGUGUAUUUUGUUUCCGUUGUGGCUUAGAAAAUGUGAUUGCUCCCAAGUGUCCGAUUUGCAAAAAAAAACUAAUUGCAGGAACAUUUCGUGUUGGCGUAGUGUCAUUACAUCUAGUGGACCUGCGAAUACCGAGUCACGCGAUUCGAAAUCAAAGUGCGAAACUCGAAUGCCAUUUUGAACUGGACGGUGAAACGCUUUAUUCUGUCAAGUGGUACAAAGACGGCAAUGAGUUCUACCGUUAUGUCCCGCGAGAUAUGCCACCAACACAGACUUUCCCGCUUCCUGGAGUCUCAGUCGACAUGCACAAUUCGACAGAAAGCGUGGUGGUUCUGUCUUCAGUUCAACUUUCAUCAACAGGCCUGUACAGAUGCGAAGUAUCCGGGGAAGCACCGUUUUUUGAAACAGUUACCGAUCACCAGAAAAUGACAGUAGUUGAUUAUUUAAUAAUCUGCGAAGAAAUUAACCCAAAGAAACAUAAUUCACAUAUUUUAUUUACUAACAAAGAACUGGACGAAAAUGCCACAUCAGCUUUUAUGAAACAAUUAAGUUUUAUUGCAGUUCGGGAAUAG